AUGGAUGAAGAAAUAAAUUUAGACAUUGGACCAAGCAGGUUUAAUGGAAAUCAUCAUAAUGAUAUAAAGGGAGUUAAAAGGCGUGAUUAUCCUUCAGAGUAUAUCUGUUAUGAGUAUGAAAAGGCUACAGGAGUCCUGUUUCAGCUAGAUCAACUCUAUUAUGGAACUCAGGAACUCGAUUAUAUAAUUCCACCCACAGAAAAGGUUUCCAAGAUUAUAACUUACUUUACAAGCACAAGUAAUAGUCUAUUAGUCAUACAAAUAAAAGCGGAAUAUAGAUGUUAUUACUACACAAAUCACAAUACUGAUGUAGAAAUGAAUCCCGAUUCUAUUUUUGACGAUUUCGUGACUAUAAAUCAGAAUGAACUCGCUACUGAGGAUCUUACUACUAUUCUAAAAAAGGUAGAGGAAGAAAAGAGUUUGGACUAUGAAAGCUUAUCUAAUGAAAUGAAGACAAAGUUGCUGAGAAGAGGUGAGAUAGUCUUUGACCUCAAACAACAACCCAAAGGGGGCAAGAGAGGAAGGUACAAAUCCAAACUCACAGGUGUGGAAAUAUGGGUAGAGAACUCCGAAAUAAAAUCUGGUGAAUACACCAAGGUUAGACACAGACAGUUGUGUCACCAAUUUUGGAUCAAAGGUAUAAAGAAUCCAAAGGGUGAUGACAUCACUCUAGAGGCAGGUUUUCCUAAUGAACCUCUGGAAGAAUUUAGUGUUUACUAUGAUAGUCAAGACAAGAGUUAUGCAAACCCUCUCCUCAUUGUUUUAACCGUCUGGGCUAAAUAUCCCGGUGGCAGUCAAGAAUACGGCCCUGGUAAGUAUCUACUCUCCAAGAACAGAAACUGUGCCACAUGGCACAUUCGGAGAGUCUCUUCUGCACUAUUUAAUGAGGAAAUUUGCAUACCAAAGAUUAUAGACAAUAUUGAAUUGCACAACAGACUUGAAGUGUCAAAGCUAAAGUCCAGUAUCCAUGAUAAAGUCAAAGACGUUACCAGGGAGCUCAGUUUGGAUGCUACACAAACAAGCUUGCAAAGGGGCACAUAUAGUAACAGAUCAAUCAUACAUUACAGAAAGGGACCUCUUGUGGAGGGCUAUAAUACCGUUCUGCAUGCAGACACUUUCCCCAGUUUUACAGUCAGGAGUGUCAAAGUAAAUGGCGCUACAACCAUUGAUUAUACCAGACUUCCUCCUUUUAGCGUCCCCUUUGUCAAAUUUUGUGUAUACUAUACCAACUCAUACAAAAUCCCAGUCCUCAUUGAAUUCAUUUGUCUCAACCCUGUAAAGAGUGAUGCUCGUCUUUGUGCCUACUAUUACUCUAGAGACUAUCAUGACGGUGUAUGGGUGGGAUACCUUCUCACUACAACCGCAGAUGAGAGUGAAAAGGACCUUAUAAAUCUGCUCAAACAUAUCAAGGAGAAUCGUAACAGGAUAAACCAUAAUACCCUCGGAACUCAUGGACUGCAUAGAAAACUCACAAGAUAUGAACCUUAUACUGAGGAUAUUGGAGAAACUGCUGUUUUAGUUGGAGGAAUUGUGGGAAUAAUAGGAGCCGUAGCCAUUACUGCAUGGAAGUUAUGGCCCAUGGUAAAAAAGGCAUUCUGA